UGUUAUUGCGCGGUUCUUCUGCAUAUCCACUCGAUCGUCUGGCAAUUUACUAAGGAAAAGCAGAAGCUGAAGGACUGAAAGUGGACCGAAUUCCACGUCAUAUGAGCUGCUGCGAGCAAUGGUAACCUGGGCGACAGCCUUGGUAUUUGCGAUUGCUUUAAUUCUUCCAAUCGACCAAGCCUUUUCAGAGACCGACAACGAUGUCAAACAUGUGGCUGGGAGCAGAUGCCCAAGAGCUUUGCCUAACGCACCUAAUGGCUACGCUCCGGCGUCAGUUGAGUGUCCUAUUGAUCGACCUGUGAUCCGGAACGCAAACGGCCUUUCACGGGAUGAGAUCGAAUGGCUCCAAAACCGCCGGCCUCUGGCCAUCUCUGCCAUGCACGAUCUUCUGCACAGGCUCAACAUCACCGGGUUUGAUGCUAGGGGUUAUAUUGAUCUGCACUUGGGCAAUGAGUCCAACCUACCGACCAUUGGCAUUGCCGUGUCUGGUGGAGGUCACCGAGCACUUCUCAAUGGGGCUGGCGCUGUGGCAGCUUUGGAUGCUCGUACCGAAAGCUCGACAUUGCCUGGCCACCUCGGAGGCAUCCUGCAGGCGGCGACAUACAUAUCAGGCCUGAGUGGUGGAGGAUGGUUAUUGGGCUCGAUAUUCGUAAACAAUUUCACCACCAUUCCAGCUCUCCUGGGCGAUUCCACACCUGGAGGCGUGUGGGAUUUCAACCAGUCUAUCUUGAUAGGGCCACUGGGCCAGCCAAAUUACUAUCGCGAUCUUCGUGACUCGGUGCUUUCCAAAAGAGAUGCCGGGUUCAAUGUCUCCAUCACAGAUCCUUGGGCUCGCGCUCUGUCUUUUCAGCUGAUUAAUGGAACCGACGGUGGGAUAUCUUACACGUGGUCCUCAUUGGCGUUGCAGUCGACAUUUUCUGGCGGAAAUAUGCCCAUGCCCAUCAUUACGGCGCUUGAACGGGCUCCAAACAAUCGCGAGCAGCUCAUAGCGGCCAACGCCACGUCCUUUGAGUUCAAUCCAUGGGAGAUGGGAAGCUUCGAUCCCACCACUUACGCGUUUGCCCCGCUCAAGUAUAUCGGCUCGAAUUUUUCCAACGGAGCUUUACCUGACGAUGAAGCAUGUAUUGGUGGCCUGGACAACGCGGGCUUUGUCAUGGGCACCUCGUCCUCAAUCUUCAACCAGGUGCUUAUCGAGGUCAAUCGUUUCGAGACCACCAGCUCCCUCUUAAAGAACCUCACCACGACCCUGGCCGCGAUCCUGACUAACAUCAGUGAGGCGAAUCUCGACAUUGCCAUCUAUGAGCCAAAUCCCUUUUACGGGUUCAAUAACGGGACCAACCACAACGCCCACUCUAGCGAGCUGCACUUGGUCGACGCUGCCUUGGAUCUUCAGAAUCUGCCUUUACCCCCACUGCUGUAUCCAGCCCGCAAUUUGGACGUUGUCUUUGCCGUUGACAGUUCAGCGGACACCCGGACGAACUGGCCAAAUGGAGCUUCGAUGGUGGCCACCUACGAGCGGUAUCAGGACCCAAGGGGCAUCGGGAAUGGCACCUCGUUCCCGUCAACUCCGGACACCAACACAUUUGUCAAUCUAGGGCUGAACGCGCGGCCCACGUUUUUCGGUUGCAACUCCAGCAACAUGACAGGCCCAGGCCCCGUCAUCGUCUACAUCCCUAACGCUCCAUACUCGUACUUCUCGAACGUCUCGACUUUCGAGCUGACUUACAACGCGUCGACGAGGAACGCCAUCGUCCAGAAUGGCUACAACGUAGCGACGCAGGCCAACGGAUCGCUCGACACGUCCUGGCCCGCCUGUGUGGGCUGUGCCAUCCUCACUCGCAGCUUCGAGAGAACAGAAACAGAAGUCCCGGAUCAGUACCAAAAGUGCUUCGAGAGAUAUUGCUGGGACGGGGCUCUAAACAGCACCAAUCAUCCGUCCUACGAUCCGAAGUUGGCUCUAGCUCCUCCGGAAGACAAAAAGAAGAACGCCGCACCUAAAGUCGUCUCGUCUUGUAACGUCAUCGCCCUGGUAGUUGCCGUGCAACUUUCGGUCCUGGUGCUAUCGUCGAUCCAGGUGCUUUAGGCAUGUUCGUUUCACAAGAACUUUAAUUGAGCAAGAUGGCAAAAGACAGGGGUAUUAUACCGGGAUAGCUUUCUAUAACGGCCAUUAUAAGACGACUUGGAUCGGGAAUGAUAA